UUUUAAGUGACAAAGAUGGGAUGAAAUUGUUCAACAAAGUCAGUAAAGAAGCCAAAUAAGUGAGAAAAUAAACCAAUUUUAUACGAGGAGCUAGAUUUAGAAUGUAUUAUCUGAAUGACUAUUAAGAAGUCCCCUUACCUUACGAAUUGAUGUAAGAAGAUCGUCUGUGCUGAAUGAGCAGCCUACAUUUCAGAAAAGUGUCCUCUAAGGUGUAAAAAUGAAGGCCCUUUGUUCGGCACUAACCCAGAUCUUGACUACAAGAUCAAGAAUGAGUUUCAUUUGUGUGAGAGAUGAGGAGAGAAGUAUCAUCCAUGGGAUAUGAAUAAUCACCAAGAUUUAUGAAUGAAAGAUGAACUUCCGAAGGAAAUCGAAGUUAGUGCAAUCCAUGAACACCAUCUGAUAGAAGUAGAUGCUGAAGGAGAAUGGAAGUGAUCUAUGAGAACAAACUUUACUCAGAGCCACCAUGACUUCUUUUCUCAUAAAUGCUUUACUUGUAAGAAAUGAAGUUUGAAGUUUUGCCGGACCUGAAUUUUGGACCAAUAUUUCUAUAAACAAAGUGGCUCUUCUGAGGAAAGUGACUCAGAAAAUAGCGAUAGUUCAACUUUGAAGACUCCAUCUAGCAGUGAUGAACAUUCAGAAUUUGACUCAGCAGAAAUCAGGCCAAGUGAUAUAAUGCUUGAGUUAGUUACUAACAGGAUGAUAGUAAGGAAAGACCCUUCGAAAUAA